AGUCGCCCAGCGAACGUCGAACGCAGCGGACGUGUUUUUUAUUUAUUUGCCGUCCUCUUGCUGCUGCCACCAAAAAAACGACAAAGCACUCAAAACAAAGACAAAAGCAAAAUCGAAACGAAUAUAAAGGCGAAUAUUAAGGAAUGGAUUUUGGCGAAUUUGGUGAACGUAGUUCGGCGAGCAUGGGCAGCACAAAACUCUCGGCCAUUCGAAACUGAUAAGUGCAACUUGUGAAAUUGAUACUGGAGCGUGAGCCCUUGAUUGAAAUGCGCGGAAGUUUCCACUUGUCGAGCAGUCGGAGCUAUCAGAGCCACAGGCCCAGCCAAACCCACAGGUGCCCCACUAGUCGACGACGUCGCCACCGCAGCUAAUUGUGAGCCAUUAAUUGAUUGGCAGCGAACCGGGCACCAUCGGCUCCACCGCCGACCAGACAAGCCCCCCUUUUUUUUUUUUUGUUGUCUACUCUCCAAAAAGGCAUCCCAUCCCCCACAUCCCCCUGCAACCAAGCCAAUUGAAUAAAAGGACAAUAAAACUAUAUAGAGAGAGAGAGAGAGAGCAGCCACACUCACACGCAAAAUGAAGGGCCAGCAGGAGGAGCAGCUGGUGCCGCCGCCAGCCUACAGGCCCACAGUCGUCGCCAAGGACAACGGAGCGAAGGACUCCAACGCGAAGGCGAAACCCCUCGGCGAGGGACGCAAGGCGGUGCUGCGGCAGGAGCUGAUGGUCUUCCUGGGCAACUGCGGCGUCCUCGGCUCCGGCAUGGUGGUCAGCAUGCCGGCCGUCACGCUCAACCAGCUGCACGACGAGACGCAGCCCUUUUGGCUCAACAAGGACGAAUCGAGUUGGUUUGCCUCCAUCCAGAACAUGGCGUGUCCCUUGGGCGGCCUGCUGGUCAGCUACUUUCUGGACAGGAUUGGGCGCAAGCACACCAUCCUGCUGACCAAUGUGAUAGGACUGAUUGGCUGGAUCCUGCUGGUGACCAGUUUCAUGCACUCCGAACGCGACAUGAUCUACUAUCAAAUGCUGGUGGGUCGCUGCUUCGGCGGCAUCAUGAUCGGCAUGUUCGUGUCGCCAGUGGGCGUCUACUCGGCGGAGAUCAGUUUGCCCAAGAUACGCGGUCGCCUCAUCCUGGGCACCUCGCUGGGCCUGGCCAGCGGCAUUCUGCUGAUGUACUGCCUCGGCUACUUCAUACGCCACAACAUCCAGCUGAUCUUCGCCAUCAGCUGCUGCUACCAACUGGCGGCCACGCUGCUCGUCUUCCCCAUGCCGGAGUCACCCAGCUGGCUGCUCACCCGCGGCAAGGAGGAGCGGGCCAGGAAGUCCCUCCGCUACUUCCGUGGACUGCCCAAGAAAGAGGUGGACUACGUACCGGAGUUCGAGGCGGAGCUGGCGCACAUGCGGGAGCUGGCGGAGCUGAGCAACACCACCGCCGCCGCCGAGUCCCUCAGCCAGAUGAUCCAUCGGCCGGAGGUGUACAAGCCCGUGCUGAUGAUGACCACCUUCUUUGGCUUCCAGCAGGCGUGCGGCGUGGUGGUGAUCAUCGUCUAUGCCGUGCAGAUUGCCCAGCAGGCGGGCGUCACCAUCGAUCCCGUGCUGGUGGCCGUAAUGCUGGGCGUGGCCCGGAUAAUCACCACGCUCUUCAUGGGCGGCAUCUUUGAGAAGUGGGGCCGCAAGCCGUCGGGGAUUUUCUCGGCCACCGGAAUGGGCGCGUGCAUGCUGCUCCUGGCCGGAGGCAAUUGGUUUCCAGACACACUGGGCACCUGGCACUGGCUGCCGGUGGCCUGCAUUGUCGCCCACAUUGUGUUCUCCACGAUGGGCAUGCUGACGCUGCCCUUCUUCAUGAUCUCCGAGGUGUUCCCGCAGCGGGCGAGAGGCAGUGCGUCCGGGAUAGCCAUCUUCUUCGGCAUGAUACUGGCCUUCAUAAUGCUGAAGAUAUACCCGAAUAUGGAGGCCGCUCUGGGCACAGCCAAUCUGUUCGCCUUCUAUGCGGGCAUAUCCUUCCUGGCGGCGGCCUUCAUCGGCACCUUUGUCCCGGAGACGAGGGGCAGGACACUCGAGGAGCUGGAGGAGCGUUGGCAGACUGGCAAGUUCACACGCCGCCUCACCAUCGUCAAUCUGAAGGAUGUGGAGCUGCACGAAGUGUUCCUAAAGAAAUAAGAGAGACAUCAGGAAUUUAGUUAAGCUAACAGAUACGAGAAAGUGGACAAAAUCCAUUGUAAAGUAAUCAGUUCCAUUGACAUGACAUUCAAUGCAAAUGAAAUGUUAUAUGUUAUAAAACAAUAGAAAUGUGCAUGUGGAACACGCAUUUCCAUUUAGAAA